AUGGAUGCUUUUGGCAGAGGUGGUGUCGGUAAUGGGGACGUUAUUUCUACUGAAGAAAGAACUGCCAGUAGUUCUGUGUUGAGCGAAGAUAGUCAGAGAGCAGAUAUUCCUGAAGCUUUAUAUGCUCAGAAUGAUAGUAAUAGCCAAUCAGAUGGUGUUUUUGAUCAGGAAAAGGGUGUGGUUGACAAUAGGCAUUUUUCAGGGAAAUUGAAUGAUCCAUUAUUGGUGGUGUCGCACUCUAAGAGACGAGGUUUAUUAUCUAAAGUUACAUUAAUACCUGAAUAUAAGGAUGCAAGAAAAUAUCCCAAGACCACCAAGGGGUUUAUAGUCUUUUUUGUUGCGUUUGCCUGUUCGAUGGGGCCCAUGGGUACUAAUAUCAUCUAUCCUGUUUUAGUUCCGAUAGAGAAAGAAUUCAAUACGACACCAUUUAUGGUUAGUCUGUCUAUGGGUAUUUACUUGGCAUUUUUGGGACUGCUACCUCUCUGGUGGUCAUCUUUUUCGGAGAGAAAGGGAAGAAGAUCGGUUUAUGUGGUGUCAUUUACACUGACAUUGGUAUUCACUAUUGGAGCAGCGUUGUCGAAAGAUAUAACUACGUUUAUAGUUUUAAGGAUGUUAUGUGGUGCCUCUAGUGCCAGUGUGCAAAGUGUCGGUGCAGGAACAAUUGCAGAUUUAUACAUCCCAGAGGAACGUGGGAGAAGUUUGGGGUACUUUUAUUUGGGUCCGCUACUGUGUCCUUUAAUUGCUCCCAUUGUGGGUUCAAUUCUAGUGAAUUUUUGGUCUUGGAGAUCAACUCAAUGGUUUCUUGUAAUCCUAGCAGGUGCUAAUAUUGUUCUGAUAGUUUGCUUUUUACCUGAGACUUUGCGUACUCAAGAUAAUAAGGCUAUUAUAGCUAAAAUCCUCCAAGAGAAGCUAAAACGUAAUGCAAAUACAUCAGAGUUGGGCGGAAGCACCUGUGAUGACAGCAGUCAGACUGAAGGACGAAGAAAUGCGAUUGCUCCCAAUGUGGAUUUACCACAUAGCUCACAAGACGUAGAAAGAAUUAUGACACAUAUUAGUGAUUCAAUACACAUACAUAGGGACCCUGGUGUACCAGAAUUAUCUCUGAUCUGUUCCCAUGAUCCGAGGGUUGUCGGAAAUGUACUGGAGGGAGAUUUACAGAGAGCAAGAUCGAAUGUAGAGAAGCACCUAGACAAGUUGGCAGACGAAGGUUCUAAUGUUGGUAUUUUAAAGCGCAUGGGAAAACUUGGUUAUCUUUACUUGCUACAACCUUUGAACUCCUUGCACUUCUUAAGAUACCCUCCUGUGUUUCUCGCAAUCAUCUAUAGCGCAAUAACAUUCGCAACACUUUAUUUCGUCAACAUGACUAUCUCAUACUCUUACUCAAACCCGCCAUAUAAUUUCAAACCGUUAUAUAUAGGUUUGUUGUAUAUUCCGCUUUCUUUGGCAUACAUCAUCACCUCCAUAUAUGGAGGGCGUCUCAUCGACGAAUUACUAAAAAGAUACAAGGAAAAGCAUGGAUUCUUAGCACCAGAAUCACGGCUCUCUUGGAAUAUGGUCUUUGCAGCAAUAGCUUUCCCUAUAUCCCUAUCCAUAUGUGGUUGGUGCCUGGACAAAAAAGUUCACUGGGCGCUCCCACUUAUCGGAACUGCCUUAUUUGGCUUCGCCUCAAUGGUCACAAUUGGUGCUAUCGUAACAUACUUAGUCGACUCAUUACCCGGCAAGGGUGCUACUGCCAUAGCACUUAAUAACCUAGUAAGAAUGCUCUUAGCUGCAGUUGCAGUAUUCGUUACUGAACCUAUGUUAAAUAAAAUUGGACCAGGCUGGGCUCUAACCAUCUUGGAGAUUAUAAUUAGCGUUGGUGGGCUUUCAUUAAUCAUCUUAAAAUCAAGGAGUGAUUACUGGAGAGCUAAUUAUGACUUACAGAGGCUCUACGAACUCGUAGAAUAA